AUGAUCGACGCUACAGAGGACUGCGACUUCAGCGAGCAGUUCAAUAAGUUAUGCAGAGUAGAUGUGACUAUCGAAGCCGCCUUCAAACAGCCAGGAAUCGUGGCGAAGAGAACACCGCCACGCUGGUUGGCUCUCGAACGUUUGACCAACCUUGAAGACGUCGGAAUCGCAUGGUGCCGCUCGUUUGUUUUAUGCGUUGACUGGGCAGCACUCAUGGCCGAUUACAAGGCCCUUUCACCGGCGGAUCAAUACGUCUUACUCCGAAAUCGAGUUGUUUCGGUGAACUGGUUAUGUCACACGUACAAGAGUAGAGCAUUGUUCGUAGUAUUGCAGACAUUCAAAAGUGGAUGCGAUGGUGUGGCGCUAGUGAAUGGUAGCUGGUACCCACGUGACAAAGAUCUACAGAAGACGUUGGAUCCUGGGUGCAAUCAUUACUUCUCGAUCCUUUCUGAACAUCUCAUGCAGGACCUAGUCUUUCCAAUGCGUGAGAUGAAUAUGAACGAGGGAGAGUUCUGUCUACUCAAAGUGCUCAUUCUUUUCCGCGUCGGUAAGUCUUGCCGUAAUUUAGAAUUUUUCAAACUCAAGCUC